AUGCCACCAAAGAAGACGAAGAAGAGCAAUGGACUCGACACAAAAGCUGUUAGUGGUGGUGGUGUCAAGAAGGCGGAUGGUGCGAGGAAGCGGACGCAAAACCGCAUCGCGCAGCAGUGUUUGCGGGAGAGACGUGCGGCCAGCAGCCGCCACAUGGACACGGUUUUUGAGACGAUGCGGUUCGUUGCCGAGACAGACCAGUCGCAGCGUUACGCCAUGCUCUUGGACGCGCACAUGAAGCUGGCUGCCGAGAAUCAGGCGCUGGAAGAAGCCCUCUUUCGGUUGCGUAAAAAGCUGCUAAGCCUGAGCAAUUCUGCCGCCAUGGCUGCCGACGAUGCCGUCUACGACAUGAUCCUAGGUCGCGAGGGUGGUGACAGCCGUAAGAGUCACCCAGAGGCCUCGCCGACCGUCGAACCAGUCGACUUGACAACGGAUGCGCCAAGGACAGUCAGUAACGAGAGUGAGGCCGGGGUUGCCUUGUCUUCGCCAGCUUCUGACAGUAGGAUGGCUGAGCACGUCCACACUGAUAACAUAUCCUUGCACGGUGAGGAAGUCGCUCCCAAGCAGCUGCAGCAACAGCAGCAGAGUACAAUUUUGUGGGACGAUGUGGCAUUCCAAGCAUCGACCUGCGACCUGUUCUUUGCAGACACAGAAACCCUGGAAAUCCCGGAAAUGGACCCUGGGACGGACAUGCGAUUCGACCUGGCUGAGCUGAUGAGCGUGGUCCUUCCAACGGAAGAGGUAAUGCCGCCAACAGAGCAGCAGGAACAAGUACAUGUCGCGUCGCCAUGGGAUCUCUGCUCGUUUGCGCCACCACAGACGUUGACCGUUCAGUCCGGCAGUGCGUUCAGCAGCAAGGUUCUCCAGGCAGCGACGCAGUGCAUCUCGCGGGUCCAGCAGUCGGGCCUGGUGCGCCAUCUUGUUACCGACCAGAUCAUCGAGCAGGUCGCCGUGGCUUCCGUUCACUUGAUCUCCAAGGCAUCUGGCAUGCAGCAGUAUCUCUAUGGUAUGAACGGUGCGGCUUACAUGGAACGCGUCAUGUACUGGCGUCUUGCCACGGGUGCCCGUGACCUGGUGCCCAGUCCGUUUCGGCCCACACCGCUGCAAUGCGGCGUCACCGUGCCCAAUCUGGCCAUUGACUUUGUCAACUGGCCCGAAAUCCGCGACCAGCUUCUUCUUGCCGGCAGCACAGUCGAUCUUGAUGCCCUGUUACGUGACAUUGUGCUGAACACCGUCAUUGACAUUCCCCAUCGCGAGAUGGCCGUCAAUGUCUUUGGUCAAUACCAUAGCUACCUUCACAGCGACAGCGGUACAAGACACAGGUCCGACGACACAAACAGAAACAAGAAGGACACAACAAACGGCACGCCGAUGUGUGCUAUCGAUCCCGGCUGGGUAUUCUAUCAGAUUACCCGCAAUGACAAGGAUUUUCGGCCCUGGGCCCCCGAUCCCGUUGAAGAGGCACUUGUGCGGGAGCUCUGGCGCUGGGUCCAGGGACUCAAUAGUCACUACAGUCGGCGUGGGCUAUCGCUUUGCUCUCUGGCGCAAAGCUUGGAAGAACCAGAAGACUGCGUGGUGGCAACAGCGACGACGGCGUCGCCAAUCUCGCCACUCGGCCUGCUUAGUGCUAAGUACUGCAAGGAACGGUCGGUAGCCUGCCGUCCAUUUGCAAACACAAAGGACUGGAAGUUAAGCAAGGAAUUUGCUGCGAAGUAUCCAUUUUUUGACUGUUCGUCGGGUGCGUAUCUUAUGUCUCCCGACCCAUUUAUUUCGGACGUAUACUGA